CGAUAAUCCGCGGUCACACUGUUUACCACAUACAUACUUUUUUCAGACAAAUAUUUUUCAAUUUUUCCAAAAAUUUUGCAAAUAGGUGGAAUUCGUCGAUCUUCCACUUAAAGCAGCAUAUAUUUGAGUACUAUGCCGCGUGACUACGAUAGAGACUACAACGAGGACACAGCAGACUACAAGCGGAAACGUAGAGAUGAGCCAGCAGCAGCCGGCGGGGGUGCUCCGGAGACUUCCGAGGCGGACGGUAGCCACAACGCCAGUCACGCCGGACUGCGGGACACACCCCAGUUGAACGAAAAGACAAAUGGUUAUCUGCAGGAGUGCUUGCAGGAAAAAAAGACACUGGAGAAGAAGCAUGUCAUAACAAAGCGUCUGUUGGACGAUGAGGUCGAGAAAAUCUUGGUUAGCGGCCGCAUACCCAAGCCGGAGAUCUACGCCAACGUGUACAGCGAGAAGCCUAUCCGUGUGGCCCAGAAAGUCCUCUUCCCGAUCAAGGAGUAUCCCAAGUUCAAUUUCGUUGGCAAGAUCCUGGGUCCCAAGGGCAACACACUCCGUCAACUGCAGGAGGAGACAAUGUGCAAAAUGGUCGUUAUGGGCCGCAACUCGAUGCGUGACCAUGGCAAGGAGGAAGAGCUGCGGAUCUCGGGCAAUCCAAAAUAUGCACAUCUCAGCCGUGAUCUGCAUGUGGAAAUAUCCACAGUGGCCCCGCCAGCGGAGGCCUACCAUCGCAUCAGCUAUGCCCUGGGUGAAGUACGUAAGUUCAUGAUACCUGAUGCCAAUGACGACAUACGCCUUGAACAGUUGCGUGAAAUGGAUGGAAAGGAGCGGAUAUAUAAGAAAUCGCACCAUUAUUCGAAAUCAUAUGGCGAACACGGAGCCUAUAGUACUCGUACACCGCCACCAGCCUCGUCCAAACCGAAAGUUUACUCAAUCCUGGAGAAGGCCCGGUAUGUUAUGGAUGAUCCAAACUAUGGCAUAGUUAAGACCCAUAGAUCAAGGGACCAUGAACUGUACGACCAUCAUGGGGAGUACGACCGAUAUGCAACACCGCCGCCACAGUCGUCGAAGCACCAUGCCCAGUACGACAGCACCUCCUACGAGCGUGACUACAGGCGUGAGUACCAUCCACACUCUUCCUCCUCAUCGUAUGCGGCGGCCUAUCCAGCAAAACCAAGCAACGGUCGCUCCUCAUCGUCAUAUCGCCCGACCACCACGGGCUCGGGAUCACAUUCAUCUGCUCAGUACGAAACUGGAUCACGUUCUCGUGAAAGCGUGCGUUACCGCUCGGCUCCAUAUCCGAAAAUACGUUAACCCAUCGCUUAACCAAAAUACCCCAACAACUACAACAACAAGAACAACAACUACUACAAAACAACGUUAAGCAUAAAGAAUAAAAGUAAUAUUCCAAACAAAUUAUCGAAAAGAAAAUGUUAAACUUCAAUAAUCCAACCAUACACACAUAUUUAAUAUAUUGCCUUCAACAAACAAAUAAAAUGAAAAAACGCUAAUUAUUUAUUGCAAUUGUUCCAAUAUUCAAAUAGUGUUCAAAUCCGAAAGCAAUCAAAGGAAAAUCCAAAACAGAAAUCAAUGCAUCAAAUUUUAUACAACCUUAAAUCUUUGUACAACAAAAGCGAAAAGCAAAACAAAACAAAAAUUAAUUUUAUUAUAGUUAAAAACGCAUUCAAUUCAAUUAACAAAAGAAGAGAGCAGAGCAGAACACAAAAACAAGAAAACCCCAACAAAUGAAUUCAUUUCUAAAACCAUCACAGCGAAAUGUUAGUCUAAGUUUUCCAAUUAUUGUUCCAUAAGAUAAACCAACAAGAAAUAAAGUCGAGACAGGCACAUGUUACCCAACGACCAA